CUUUUACAGCAUUUUAUUUAAAAAAAAAAAAAAACUCUUUCUUUGUAUAAAAUAGAGAUUGCUUGACAUUAAGAAGCAAGCGGGUUCUUGUUUCCAUUUUAACCACAACUGAAAAGAUUAACAGUUACCUGAAAUUUAGGCUUCGGAAUCCAUUAAAAAGAUUUGUUCAUCUCUCUUUUUAGUAUUUUAAUUUCAAUAAUUAUUUGGAUUUCCAGUUUGAAGUACAGAGAGUCUUUUGCAUUGAAGAAGAAAAUGGCGCUGGGAAGAAAAUGCAGUUCAUUGAAGAAGAAGCGAGGUGCUGCUCUGAUUCUGAAACCUGGUGAAGAGGGUUUAGGGUUAGGGCUUGUGAAAUCCACGCGCGGUUUGGGGACGAAGAGGGUUUUGAUAACAAGUGUUGCUGAAAGUUUGUCGUCUCCUGAAUCGGAAAUCAAGACUCCAUUGAAGAGGCAAUGCAGUCAGAGAAUGAUUGAUUUGGAGUUGAAUGAGAGAUCUUCUCUUGAAGCCUUGCCUCAAGAUAUCCUGAUUAGGAUUGUUUGCGGCGUCAACCAUGAAGAUUUGAAGCAGCUUUUUCAUGUAUCUAAAGCCAUAAGAGAAGCUACUCUGAUUGCAAAGCAAUCUCAUUUCGCAUAUAGUACACCAACAAAGACAAAAGUGUUUCGCUCCUCUAUUGAUUUUGAGGAACCAGUUGCAAUGGAAGAUGAUAUUGAAGCACCAAAUGCCCCAAAACAACAGAAGGUCUGCAGGUCGCUUUUUAGCAGGAGGAAGCUUGCUGAUGUUUCAGUGGCACUGUUUGCUUCACCCAAAAAAGGUCUGUUUAUGGAAGAAGCAUAGAGAUAAUUUUUUGUAAAUAGAUUGAUUAAUUACAUCUGUUGUUGUAGAUUGAAGUAAAUAGAUUAGACAAAGAUACUUGGAUGGGAUCUGUGUUGUACAUGAGUAGAAAUCUUUACAGGCCAGUUUUCUUCAAAGCUUUGAUUGAAGAUUUGGGUUUGGCUUGUUCUGUAUCUUUUAUGUACAUUAUAGGUUUUUGUAUGGAGAGGUCAGUGUUGACCCUUUUAGUCUCAUAAAGAUGUAAUUUGGGGGGCAUCCAGUUGAUUGUACUGCAUGCAUUUUGUGAUAAAUAAAAUGAUGAAUAUUUCCACGGA